ACCUCGCCGCAUCCCAGGGUGUAUGAAAUGGAAAACGGGACAUCUGGGACGUGUAAUGAUGUGGAUGCAUUGUGGGAGAAUGUGGAGUGCAAACGCUAUGAUCUGUGUCGCAUCAUCGCUCCGGCAAAGAUCACCCCCUACCUCCGCCAGUGCAAAGUCCUGGAUGAACAGGAUGAGGAUGAGAUUCUCAACUCCAUGCUGCUCGUCUCGAAAGCAAAUCGCACAAGCCGUCUACUUGACAUCCUCCACACUAAAGGAGAGCGAGGGUACGUGGUGUUUCUGGAGAGUCUGGAGUUUUACUACCCUGAUUUCUACAAGCAGGUGACAGGGAAGGAUCCCACACGGCGCUUCUCCACCAUCGUGGUAGAAGAGGGUCAUGAGGGUCUGACACAGUUCUUAAUGAAUGAAGUGGUGAAGCUGCAGCAGCAGUCCAAAGUCAAGACCCUGCAACAGGUUGAGCUCAGCAAGAAGAACUGCACCCUGGAGGAUGAGCAAAAGAAGUUAAAGCUGGCCAACCAGGAACUUCAGGCCUUCCAACAGAGGUACAACAAGUUGAGAGAAGAAAGAAACACCUACAGUGAUGAGCUGCUGAGAGUGAAGGAUGAAAACUACAAACUGGCCAUGAGGUACGCAACACUGAGUGAGGAGAAGAACAUGGCAGUGAUGAGGAGCAGAGACCUACAGCUGGAGAUUGAUCACCUGAAGCACAGGCUGAACAAAGUGGAAGAAGAGUGUAAGAUGGAAAGGAGGCAGAGUCUAAAGCUGAAGAACGACAUAGAGAACCGACCAAAGAGGGAGCAGAUCUUUGAGCUGGAGAGAGAGAAUGAGAUGCUUAAGAUUAAACUACAGGAACUACAGUCCAUCAUCCAGCCUGGUCCACUACCUGCAUCAGACAAGGCCAUUCUUGACAUUUUGGAGCACGACAGACAAGAAGCGCUAGAAGAUAGACAAGAUCUGAUCAACCGCCUCUACAACCUCCAUGAAGAAAUCAGACAGGCAGAGGAACUACGAGACAAGUACCUGGAGGAGAAGGAGGAUCUGGAGCUGAAGUGCUCCACACUGCAGAAAGACUGUGAGAUGUAUCGUAACCGCAUGGACACCAUUUCCAUACAGCUAGAGGAGGUGGAGAAGGAGAGGGACCAAGCAUUUCGAGCCAGAGACGAGGCCCAGCACCACUUCUCUCAGAGUCUCAUUGACAAAGACAAAUAUCGCAAACAGAUCAGAGAGUUGGAGGAGAAGAGCGAUGAACUCCACAUCGAGAUGGUGCGCAAAGAAGCAAAACUGGUCACACUGGAGUCUCGCCUACGACGGCUGUCUAAGGACAUUGUUCUGGACCAGACUCUACCGAGGGACAUGCCUACUAUCAUCUCUCAGACGGAAGAGUAUAAACCUGUCCCGGGCCAAUCAGAGUGGUCCAGUGAUGAGUCGCCAGAGGAUAAGUUUAUAGUUGAGGAGCCUCGCCUCAAACGUAGACCCAACCUCAAGAAUUUUAGAGUUAAGUCUCCAGUCUGUGAACCCAGAGUGCUUCCAAUCAACUCAGAGGCCACGCAGUCUGCAGGCAAUGGAGGAGAUUUCCUGGAGAUUCAGGCGGCAAACACGCACAUGACCAGCAGCUCCCUCCCUCCCUCGCCCAGCUUCCCAUUGUCACCUACAUACCCCCCCUGCUCGGCUCCCCCUCUGUCCACUUCCUUACCAUCCUGCUCCCCGCUCCUCUUCAACGUGAUGGAUCAAGCCACCAGGCAAAAUAUGCUGCGUUACCGUAACGACAGCAUCCUGUCCACACUCCCUGAGCCACCUGAGAAAGCAUCGCUGUACCGCAGAGAGAGGGAGAAAGAACAUGACUUCCAACCUCGCAGCCUCUCUUAUGAUACCUUUGAUAGUGACAACAUGGAAAUGGAGUUUGAGGAUGAAGUGCAGCGCGGCCCACCCUCUGUCCACUCAUCCUCCUCCUCCCAUCAGUCGGAAGGGAUGGACAGUUAUGAUCUGGAGCAGGUUAACAAUAUCUUCAGGAAACUCUCUCUGGAGAGGAUCAGUUCAUCCCUGAAGCCGGUACAGGAGUUAUCUUUGUUAGGGGACAACCUGCUGAAGGACAUUACUCUGGUCGGCGGCAACGACAGUGGUAUUUUCAUCUCAUUCGUCCAGCCGGGCUCCAUCGCUGAGAGGGUGGGGCUUCGAGAGGGCCACCACCUCCUGCUGCUUGAAGGGUGCAUUCGUGGGGAGAACCAAAGAAUUUCAUUGGAUACCAGCACUCAGGAAGAAGCCCAUUGGACACUGCAGCACUGCUCUGGACCAAUCAAGCUGCACUAUCGGGCCAACUAUGACUCUUACCGUCGCCUUCAGAGGGACUUAGUGGAUGGCACACUGGCUUCUGGCGACUCCUUCUACAUACGGGUCAACCUCAACAUCUCUGGCCAAUCAGACAGCUGUUCUCUGAGCGUGCGUUGUGACGAGGUGGUGCAUGUCCUGGACACCAGGCACCAGGGCCGCUGUGAGUGGUUGUGUGCACGUGUGGACCCCUACACCGGCUUGGACCAGGGCGACAGUGGCACUAUACCCAGCAACUCACGGGCCCAGCAGCUGCUCCUAGUGAAGAUACAGAAGUUAGUGUGUCGAGGGGGGAAAGAAGACAAUGAAAUAUAUCGCAACACAAGGAACUCUCUACAACCAGAAGAAGGCAGCCCCACGCCUGAUCCCAAAGCCAGCCCACGCCUGUCCAGAGCCAGCAUCUUCCUCACUCAGAUCCUGCAGUUUGUCAGCAGGGUGGAUAUCAAGUAUAAGCGGAUGAACAGCAAUGAGCGCGUGAGGAUCAUCAACUCAGGCAACACAACACUACCCAGACAAGGCUUUGAGUCGCUUAGACCUGAAGAAGCUGCUGACCCAGACAGUGAACUGAGCAGGAGUUUCAACCUGAUCCCCUACAGUCCUGUCACCCCACAGCGGACUCAGAGGAGAAGACCAGUUCUCUUCACUCCCACUGCUCUAGCCAAAACCAUUAUCCAGAAAAUACUUAACAUGGGGGGAGCCAUGGACUUUAAUACCUGCAAACCAGACACACUGUCCAAAGAGGAGUUUCAUCUGAAACAGAAUGUGGAGCCCUUCAUUCACUACAAAGAGAAUUACGCCACAUUUGAAUGCAUCACCAGAGAAAAUAUAGAGGCUGUCGCUGCCAAGGGCAAACACUGCCUGCUGGAGGCUGAGUUGAGUUGCGUCAAAGAUCUUCUGAGAAGAGAAAUCUACCCAAUCAUCAUCUCCGUCAAGAUCUGCGAGAAAAAUGUCAAGAAGUUAAAGAAGUUGCCACUGCGCGUGGAGUCAGAGGAUGAGUUUGUAAGGUCGUGUCGGGCAAAAGAGAAGGAGCUAGAGGGCAUCCCUUGCCUUUAUGCCAGCCUGGAGCCCGAGGCCUGGGCUGGGCCAGAUGACCUCAUCAGGGUCAUCAAAGACCGAAUACUUGAGGAGCAGAAGAAGACUGUCUGGGUGGAGCAGGACCUCCUCUAGACACACACACACAGAUACACACUGGGUGCUGUGCAUGUUGAGCACCGUAAAACACAAACAACCUUGUACAUCAUGCUUUUUUUAACGUUUAUAUUUAUGCUCAGACUCAAAACACACAUGGACACUCACUCAGUUAUAGGCUUAAAAUAAAUGCAUUAUAUAUAUAUUUUGUAAAUGUGUGUCUUUCCCUUGUUUUGGAGAAAUAAACAGAUGGAAACAAUCAGAAAA